AUGGCCACUCCUCACCCGCCUAACCCUCGCUCCCUCUUCACACCAAAGUCAGCCGAGAUCCCCCUCGCAGACCGCCCCCUCAGCCUCGACUUUACUCUCCCAGACCACACCCGAGCUCGCGUGGUAGAGGUGGACACCUUCGACUCCAUCCACGUCUUUCUGCCUUCAGCCUCAACAGCCAACGCCGCCAAGAGAGACAGCGAUGACGAUGAUGCGGAGCACAUUGCCGAGUGGCAUCGCGAGGAUGGAAAGGGAGACAAGGAGAAGACGAGUUUGCAUGGUGUUGUGCAGGAGCACAGGGCUGUUUGGGAGGAUGUCUGGACGCUCACCCUUGGCGAGGCAGAGGGAGCAGUGGGAUCCGGAGCAGAAGCUGUUGAAGGCCUGAUGAGGCAUAUCUGGGUGUCCGUGUAUGCUUUCUGGCUGCGCAGAGACCCGUACGAGCGGUUGCCCAUUCGAGUAGGAGGAGGAGAGGCGCAAAGGAAGCUGGUGCAUGAGUACCUCGUACACACCGGUCUUGCCUUCCCAGCGCCAGAAGCCAAGCAGCCGGGGAAUCUGCUCCUCGUCAAGGCCGCCUUCUACCAAGGCGCUGGUGCUCCCACUUCCCUCUCUUGGCUACGUACCCCGCCUUCGCCCUUCAAUGCACAUCUGCAAAGCACCUCCUUCCCCUCUGUCCUCUCCUUCACCCAGCGGACCGCCCCUCCCGUGCUCACCACCCACCCUCUGCGACCCGCCAAGCCUUCUCCAGGCUCAGUAGUCUACGCCCGAUUCAUCCCUUCUGUGGGAGAGCUGCUCGAGCUGACGCACAUCGACGCCUCGAACAAGACGCACUUUGAUGCCUAUACCCGCUGGCAGAACUCGGACCGUGUCAAUGUAGGCUGGAGGGAAAAGGGCGAUGCAGAACACCACCGGCGGUACCUCUCCGAGUCUCUUGCAGACCCACACAAGAUGGGAUACCUGGUCAGCUGGAAUGGCGAGCCGGCGGGGUACGGCGAGUGCAAUUGGAAUCAGGAAGAUGGAAUGGCGGCCUUUGUAGGCGGGUGCGGGCCGUACGAUCAGGGUACGCAUCUCCUCGUUGGUGAGGAGAAGUUCCGUGGGAGACAUCGCUUCGCCUCGAUUAUGGUCUCGAUGAAGCACCUCUGCUUCCUGCGCGAGCCACGCACAGAGGUCGUCAUCGGAGAGCCCCGAUUCGACUUGAGCAUCAUUCCGCUGCUCAAGGCUUACCUGCCACAGGACCUUGUGAAGGAGGUGGAGCUGCCCCAUAAAAGGGCAGUCUUCUUUGUGCUGCGAAGGGAGCGAUUCUUCUUAGAAGGGCUCUUCUACUAG